ACAGCUAAGUAAUCACUUUACUACUGACAAAAUAACGACACUAAACAAACGCCUGAACAUGCGGAGUGAUAACACGAAACCCAACGCUCAGGCUGAUGGCAAAUCUACUGAAGAACCUAUGGAAGAGGACGUAGAAAAUGAUCCAGAACAAGAAUUUGAAUCACUGAACUCCCAAAUAGAUCAGUUAAAUUCUGUGUUGGAUGUUUUGGAAAAGAAGAAUGAUGACAUACAAGCACAACUUUUUGAGCUAUUGAAGUCCAAUCGAGAAGCCAGAAAACAGCUCAAUGAGGAAAAUGCAAGACCGUCAGCUUCAUAAAUGUUUAAAUUUUUACAAAUUCUCUGGGGAUGGAAUUUAUAAGCAACAUAAGAAUCAAUAUUAUUUAAAAUUGUAUAUUAGGUUAAGUAGGCCAUUUUACUAUGCAGGACUCAAUUUAAUGACUUGCGGCUGUAUUAAAUGUGUAGGCCUAGUUAGGACAUUACAAUUAUAAAAAUUCUUUUAACUUUAAUACACAACAAAUUUAAUUUUAAAGUUUUACAGUAAAAUUUAUUAUAUUUUAUCGAGCAAGCCAUUAAAUUAUGUUUAGUUAUCUUGAACGUUAAUUACUUAAUUAAUUGUAGCCUAGCUUCUAUCUUAAUUUUGUUUCAAUGAAAGAAACUGUUAUUUUUAGUUACAGGAAAGUAUUAUUAUUAUUGUUGAACACAAUACAUUUCUAAAUCAACCAAAAUGCAUGAUUUUUUUUGCCACAGAGAUCAUUUGACAUUAUGCUUCAAUACUGAGGUAACAAACAAGAUAUUACCAUAUAUUACUCAAUGAACGUUACCUUUCAGUUCACUUAUAAGGAAAUUAAUUUUUUUCUUAUUUGAAUAAACUAUCAUUUAAUCUUCAAAUUUUGUUGUUGACGACGGGUUUGAAUCAUGUUGUAAAUCAGUACCUAUCUAAACUAAAAUUAGACUAUUGUUUGAGUAGUUGUCUCAUUUAAACAUUCCUGUGUAAACAUUGAACCAUUCUCAAUGGAUGAGUGUCAUAAAGUUAAUUAAGUUUUAGCUACGCUAUCAAAUAUUUUGUUUUGUACAAAUUGUAAAUACAAAAACUACUUUGCAUUGCAUUGA